CUCCUGUCAAAAACGUCAACUCAAAACAACAAUCAAGCCAUCACAUAAAAGUUUCUCUUCGUGUGUAGAAACACUUUUACUUUAUUAAACAAAUCGGUAGGAUUAGCCCCGAAUCUUAUCAAAAGUAGUGUUUGACUUUGACCCAUUCUCAGCUGAACGUUCGCGAAAACACUUAACCGCCGCAAAAUGAGUGAUAGUGAUGUUUCCAAGAUGAAGGUUGCGGACCUGAAAAAGGAACUAAAGGCACGAGGUCUAAGUGUGAUGGGCAACAAGAACGAGCUUGUAGAUCGGCUACAAACUGCAUUGUUGGAUGGUGGCGAUGUAUUGGAGGAUACGGCCAACUCAGAAGAUCUGCUAGACGACGAGCUCAAUGAUGAUCUGCUGGAUGAGGACAAAGAUCUCACCGACCCGGUGGCGGAGGAGGAGCAGAUACUGAAGUCGCCCACGCCGAGCGAAACUUCGAAAUCGAUUUCGCCCGACCAACCACGAAAGCCGGAAGACGAACCGAACCAAACCACGGACAAGUCCGACGUGCCAGCGGCAACCCCUCGUAAGAUAUCUCUCAAGCGAAACAUUUCCAUCACAAAGCCCACACUUGCGUCGGACGCGGCCGGCAGUCCGCUGGCUGAAGCACCGAAAGCACAAAGGCAACCGUUUUCGACUACGUCAUCCAGCGCUGCCAACAGUGGAAGCGAUGGGGAACCGGAAAAGAAGGUUGUCAAGCUUGGGCAGCUUACCGCGCUGGAACGGUUGGAAAUGAGAGCGAAAAAGUUUGGUGCCACCGCGACGGGAGCAUCGCCGCCGUCCACUACUCCUGCCGCGUCCACCACCACCACCACCACCAACAGUACCACCGCUGGUACGGACAAAAUGCAGGCUCGUGCGGCAAGAUUUGGACUGACCAGCUCGAGCAGCAUUACAGCGCCAAACAAUAGUACACCGGCGUCCCUGGAUGCGUUGAAAAAGCGUGCCGAACGGUUCGGUUGUUCCGUGUCGUCUGAAAUGAGCAAACUGGAGCAGGAGGAAAAGCUUGCAAAGCGACAGGCUCGGUUCGGUCAGACGGCGGCUACUACCGGCACACCGGCAUCUAACGGUGCCGCCGCCGCCGCUGCCACCGGGAAGGUUUCAGCUGCUUCGGUGGAUUACGCCGAAAAGGCAAGGUUAAGAUUGGAGCGGUUCAAAUCUGCCGCCUAAGUGCGAAAGAAUCUUGAUUUUCCCCAUUUUUUCGGCGAAACAUCAUACUUUUAUGCAGUUUGUCAAUAGUGGUGUAUCGUAAGCUUCAUCCGGGGGUGAGAGCGUGUUCGAGCAGGAAUGAUACGCGUGGCGGCUCUGUCUCCGGAGCAACUGCGCUGCGGACGCAAUGACAAACAGGUACGACAGAAUGAGCUACAAUUUAUUGUAAAAUAAGACAAAACUCAAUGAUGUAGAGCGGCGUGUCAGUAGUGGCAAUUGAACGUUAGUGUUUUUUUUUCAAUCCAUCAUUAAAUAAACUUAAUAUAUAAUGGAA